CCCCCUUAUCCAACCCCCCAGGUACAGAAUCACCAUGUCGGAUGAUGAAGGGCCCCCCGUGGUGAAAAGGUCGCGCAUAUUCUACGGCAGCCUGGCCGACAAGGAGAGGGAGCGUCUGGCCAAGGGGGAGGCCCCGAUGGGCAGGUCGGCGGUACGGGCGGGCAUCGAUGCCGGGAACAUUAACAUUAGCGGAGGGGAGUCGUUUGACCUGGAGGAGCACAUCAGCGAGCGGCAGGCCGAGGUACUGGCGGAGUUUGAGCGCAGGAAGCGCGCGCGGCAGAUCAACGUCUCCACCGAUGACUCCGAGGUGAAGGCGUGUCUCCGGGCCCUCGGGGAGCCCAUUACGCUCUUUGGGGAGGGGCCAGCGGAAAGGAGGGAGCGCCUGAGGAACGUGCUGUCCGUGGUGGGCACCGACGCCUUGAGAAACAAGAAAGACGAAGAGAAGAGCAAGAGUCGAGCGACGAGGUACAAAGCUGCUGCCUGUGCUCCUCCCCUGUAUUGUGCUCCUCCCCCUGUAUCAUCACAUGGUCCCCUACUGACCCCUCCCCCUUUAGCCAUGAUUUCAUAUGCGCCUGGUGUCUGCCAAUCAGAAAGCUUGUAUGCAUUCAGCUGCUCAGCCAAUGAUGUUUAG